AUUUUCAAACUAUAGAAAUGAUAGUUGCGGAAUCUUUCUCUAUCACCGAGGCGAAGACCCCCUUUUCUUAUCUCAAAACAAGUUCUAGAAACUGCUAAGAACAACAUCUUUGUUUGCCUUGAUUCCUGGGUCUGAAACGAUGCUGGUGUAGCCUCUGUUUUCAGUUCAAUCAAGAGCCAUGAUGUGGCGGCGCACAAAAUCUUGGGUUGCUCUACUUUUGAUUAUUCAAGUUUUAGGAGCAAUCUUUUACGGUGUUGAGGCCAAGCCUUUUCGAAUUCUUUUGGAUACAGAUGUCGAUACCGAUGACUUCUUUGCUCUCUUCUAUCUCUUGAAGCUUAAUCCAUCAGAGUUUCAUUUGGAGGCAAUCACAAUCAACGCAAAUAUAUGGUCUGAUGCCGGGCAUACUGUGAAUCAUAUAUAUGACAUGCUUUACAUGAUGAACCGUGACGACAUAGCUGUCGGAGUUGGCGGCGAAGGUGGGAUCCUUGACGAUGGCACCAUAUUGCCAAAUGUUGGUGGAUAUCUUCCUAUAAUUGAACAGGGGAUGACUACAACUGGGUAUUGUAGAUAUAGGCAAGCAGUUCCAGUAGGUCGAGGAGGACGAUUAGAUACGGACACUAACUUUGGUCUUCGAAAAGCCUUUCUUCCACAGGGCACCAGGAAAUAUUCACCUCUUCAACAGCCUACUGCUCAACAAGUGAUGAUUGAAGCGAUAUCUGCAGGUCCAAUUACGGUGUUCCUUAUUGGAGCUCACACGAAUUUUGCCCUUUUUCUAAUGAAUAAUCCACAGCUUAAGAAGAAUGUUGAGCAUAUAUAUGUUAUGGGUGGUGGAGUGAGGUCCGAAAAUCCAAACGGAUGCUGUCCCAGAAAUGCUAGCUCAUCUUGCCAGCCAGGGCAGUGUGGUUAUCCUGGUAAUCUGUUCACUGAUUACAACAGUAAUCCUUAUGCUGAGUUCAAUAUCUUUGGUGAUCCUUUUGCCGCUUAUCAGGUGUUUCAUUCUGGUAUUCCAAUCACCGUUGUUCCCUUGGAUGCAACAAACACCAUCCCCGUAACUGAGGAGUUUUUCAGGGCAUUUGAGGAGAGCCAGGGAACGUAUGAGGCGGAAUAUUGCUUCCAGUCCUUGAAAACAAAAACAGCUUUCCGAUCUUCUAAUCAACCCAACACGUACAGCUACUUCAUGUGGGACUCCUUCAUGGCUGGUGUAGCAGUCUCGAUCAUGUGUAGUUCAGACCCGAAUAAUGGGGAGAAUGAAUUUGCAGAAAUGGAAUACAUGAACAUAACUGUCAUUACUUCAAAUAAGCCUUAUGGAAUAUCCGAUGGCUCCAAUCCAUUCUUCGAUAACCUUGAAGUUCCAAAGUUUAAAUUGAAGAAAGAUGGAGUGCAUAGUGGUCACGUUCAGACAGGACUUCGGGAUCCAUUUUGCUUCGUAGAAAAUGGAAUAGGGAUGUGCAAGGAUGGCUACACAAUGGAGGUAACUGGUCCGGAUGCAGUUCAGGUUCUUGUUGCUACCAAGGCAAAACCUAAUCCGGACAUUGGCAGCAAACUUGAUAGACAAUUUUUCUUAAGCUUUUUGGAUGUUCUAAGCAGACCACAACAUACUGGGAGGUUCAAUCUUUCGACAGAAUUUCCUUAUUACAGAGAAGUUCUUUACAAACCAGAUUUCAAAAACAAGAAGCUCGGAAAACCUGUUGUGUUCGAUAUGGAUAUGAGUGCUGGCGAUUUUGUGUCUCUAUUUUAUCUCCUGAAAGUGCCUGUGGAAGUUCUCAACCUAAAGGCAAUUUUAGUAACUCCAACUGGUUGGGCUAAUGCUGCAACCAUAGAUAUAAUCUAUGAUUUACUGCACAUGAUGGGCCGGGAUGACAUUCCAGUUGGUCUUGGAGAUGUAUUUGCAAUGAACCAGUCUGACAAUGUAUUCCCUGGUGUUGGAGACUGCAAGUAUGCUAAAUCUGUCCCACAUGGAAGUGGGGGAUUUCUCGAUUCAGAUACUCUUUACGGACUAGCUCGGGACUUACCACGAAGUCCUCGAAGAUAUACAGCAGAAAACGCAGUCAAUUUACCAAGACAACCUCUGGCACUGGAAAUUUGGACUUCAAUAUUGAAAACUAUGGAUCCUGGAUCAAAGAUUAACAUACUGACCAAUGGACCUCUGACUGGUUUAGCUAACAUUAUAACUAAAACAAAAACAGCUUCACUAAUUCAGGAUGCGUAUAUUGUUGGAGGACAUAUCAGCCAAAGUCGUCAUGAUAAAGGAAAUGUGUUCACUAUUUCUUCAAACAAGUAUGCUGAAUUCAAUAUGUUUCUCGAUCCGUUAGCUGCAAAGACAGUCUUCGAAUCAGGAUUGAACAUCACGCUCAUCCCACUUGGAACUCAGCGUAAAGUCAGUCAGUUUCCAGAGAUCUUAGAGAAGCUGAAGCUGACAAGGAUGACUCCUGAAGCUCAGUUUGUCGAGCGUCUACUGUUCAAGCUUUACACUUUGCAGCAAUCUCAUCACCGAUAUCACCAUAUGGAAACAUUCAUGGGUGAAAUCAUUGGUGCAAUAUUCAUGGGUGGAGAUCAUCACAAUCUGAAACCUACCAUUGAAGAAAUGCCAAUCAAAGUGAUUGCUGAAGGUGAUGAAUCCAUGGAUGGACAGAUUUUGAUCGACAACAAGCAAGAGAAAUCAGUAAAAGUAUUGAAAAAUGUUGACACUAUGGCUUAUUACCAUCUAUUUGCAGAUCUAAUGGGUGAUCAAAACCAGUCUGCUGUAUUAGGAAGCUAUGAUGAACAGAGAAAAAUGUGGAGUACACCACCAAAUGAAAUGUAUUGCGAAUCAGCUUUGUCAUUCUGUGAAAACAGAGUCAAUUUUUCAUGUAUAUGAUGCUUAUAAUUGACUUCGAUGAACACGAGCAAUAAUAAAUGGAGUAGAAAUGUAGCAGCAAUGGAAGAAAGAGUAAAAAUUGAAGAGGAUAAAUUCAACUCUAAAAGAAGAUUUCUAUA